ACGAAACAAGAGGGUCUUGCUUCGUUGGCGGAGAUCAGAGUGGCAACAGAGGGCGCCAAGGUGGCUUCCGGGAAAGCCCAACUUGCCUCUGAGAAUGCAAAAGUGGUGUCUGAGGACGUUCGGGAGAUGAUAGUGGGACAGCAGGUCACCUCUUGGCUAGCCCCCUACGACAACGGCCCUCGCUACCACACACUUCUCAAAUCUAGGCAAUCCGGGACGUGUGAAUGGUUCGUCGGCGGGACCUACCAGCAAUGGCUAGAUACCAGCAAUGGCUUGUUUUGGCUUCAUGGUAAUCGUGAGCGAGCGAUUGUCUCUCACGAGUCCAAAUUUCUCAUUGCAGCUCAGCUGGGGCAGGCAAAAGUGUCUUGUUGUAUGAUUUCUUCCUCGUCGCUUGUCGUCCGUUGCUCAACUCGGUUCAGAUCAUUCCUCGUCGAGCAUUUGAUAACGCAGAAGGAAUGCGUCGCCUAUCACCUCUUUGACUUCCGCGCUCCGGACACAUAUUCUGUACUCAAAAUGCUUUCAUCGUUGGUCUAUCAACUCGGCACUACAUCUGAGACUUGCCACGGUCAACUAGAGAAGGUCUACUACCAACUCCGCCGCUCGAGCCUUUCCGCAGACCAGGAUUCCCUCCACGCAUGCCUACUGGAGAUGAUCAGGACCUCACCCCGACGAGUGAUCAUAGCCCUGGAUGCACUUGACGAGUUUCCAAAUCCUGGGCGCAAGGACGCGCUGCUUCCCUUCUUACGGCAGCUGAAGGCGGACGCGAUGGACAAUCUGAGGCUGGUGGUCACGUCACGUCGGGAGGCUGAUAUACACCAUGCUGUUUUGCCGCUGUCGACGCAUUCGCUGGAUCUGCAUGACGUCCCUGAGAGCCGUGCCGACGACAUCUCGAGCUAUAUCGCAGCGCAGCUGGCAUUGCACUGUGGGCAUUGGUCCGCCGAUACUUGUGUCAGAGUCAAGCAGACUCUGCAAGAAAGAGCUGAUGGAAUGU